CCUUUUAUCCCCGAAGGGGUAGGCAGAAGUGCACAAUAUUUAUACGGCACAUAAUGCCGCUAUACCUACAAUGUACACUCGUUUUCACCAUUUGUGUUAUAUAAGUCCCAUGUAAUGGGGGUGAGCCUAUUGAUUGCCAUUGAUAUAGGUACCGGGCACAAUUCCAAACUCCGUGCAACUAUUGAGAAAUGUUCGAAAUCCCAAAAAAUGCCCAGUAAUACUUUGCCCGACUCGGAAAUCCCUUGUCGCCGCAGUCGCAAUUGCGAUUACUCGACCAAUGAGGUAGCUAUUUCUAAUUCAUUUUAGAUUUUUUUGUAGGACAAGCCCAUUUGCUCACAAAAUACUGUUAUUGCAGAUUGUGAAGAAUGCUCUGACUUCGUAUACGACUACUGCGCCAUACAUGGACCGUUACUGGUCGUGCCUGAUAAUAAGGUAUUAUUAUUAAUUAACUGCACAAUGUAAAACAAUCUUUGAAAUAAAAAAUAUUUUGGCCCCGGCAACCAUACUGUGUGCCGGUAACUCGCUAGGCAGGCCGCAGCUCCGGGUUAUAUUUUGACCAUAGGUAAUUAAAAAAUAAAUUACGUAGAACACAAUGGGGUUCUGCUUCGCCAAUGACAUUUAAUAGAGGACUAUUCCAAUUGGCAUUACACAAACAUCUGCUUUGAACAGAUUAUAAUAUUAUAACACAUUCAUCAGAUUUUUUAUAUUUUAUCCUUCCUAAGGUGCCAGCAAAGACUGGCUUCCCUGCUUACGUACCUCGCGCUGCGCUAACUAUACCCAAUGUGUUCCUGCAUUUAGCUCCAUCUAUAAUACCAGGUGCUGGUCUCGGUGUGUUUAGCACUUUAACGUUACCCCGCGGCGUUCGGUUUGGACCAUACCGUGGACAACGCACACAAGAUGUGGACUCCAUGUAUUGUUGGCAGAUCUACAGUGACUACAACCGCCGGUCCCAUGUAAUAGACGCGGCAGAUAAUAACUCCUCGAAUUGGAUGCGAUAUGUCAACUGCGCCAGACACUGGAAGGAACAGAAUCUACUGGCUUAUCAGUAUAAAGGGCAGUUGUAUUAUAGAACAAUAAAAAUAAUACCUCGAUUUACUGAGCUUAUGGUGUUCUACGGCAGUGAGUUUGCAAACGCUCUGCAUAUCAACUUGACUAAAUACAACAAUGCUAAAUAUUAUGGAGAAGUUACUCGUAAAGCAAAACCACUUCUGACCGAAAAGAUAUCAACGAAAUCUCAAGAGCCUUUAACUGAAGAAAAUUUUGAUAUAAUUGACGAAGAAAUUGAAAAUAAUGAUUCAAACCAACCUUUAUCUGAAAUUAGAAUUAAAAAUAUUGAUUUAGAACACUGUAAAGUGCUAGAAAAUACUGUACAAGACCAUACUCCAAUAGAUAUUGAAGAAUCUGAGAAUUCUAUUGACAAAGUGUCUAUAGAAAAUUUUCAAUUUUUCAAAAUAAACGACGAAAAUCCUUCUAAACCUACAAUUACCUCUGAAACUAAACUCCAAAAUAAUCCUUCAGAAGAAAAAUCUGAAAAGAAGUUUAAAAAAUGCGAUACUUGCCAAAAAAUUGUGUCAAAAAAGCAUUAUUCUAGUCACAAACAUAUGCAUUUAAACCCUAAUAGAUUUUCCUGCUCUUACUGCCCUUAUACAACGUUUAAAAAAUACGCACUAAGCCAACAUAUAAGUGUUCACACAAAAGUUUAUAAAUAUUCAUGCGAUAUAUGCGAUUUUAAGACUAGUUAUGGGAGAAAUUUUAGGUCACAUCGGGCAAAACAUGAAAAUAGGGUGACUAAAGUCAAAGUUAAGCCAAUCGGGAUAUCGGAAAAGAUUUGCCAAAUAUGUGGGUUUACAACUACGUCGAGAAGUGUUAUAGAUAGUCAUAGAAAGAAACAUAGAAAUGUCAAGUUUAUGUGUGAUAUGUGCACGUUUAGUACGUUGCAUAGUUACAGUCUAGCGCGGCAUCGCCGUACAGUGCACUCGGCAAAGUAAUGCUUUUAACAAUAAUUUACCUUUACCUUCAAAUUUCAUUUCAUUUACCUAAAUACAUUCGCCGUUUUGCAAAUGGUAGGGUAAAACACACCGAAUUGUACUGUAUUUUUUUUCAUUCAAUGUUACCUAGUUUUGUUUAAUAGAUUUAGUUAUGUAAUUAUUAUAUUAUUUUAUGUGAAU